UUUAGUUUAUUUUCUUCAGCUACUAGGACAGAUCUCAGUUUGCUGCUUGAGUGUCUGAAGUUUCAGAUGAAAUGUCCCGAUUUGUCAAAACAAGCUCUCUUUUCAGUCUGUGAAAAGAGAGAGGACAAUGUGGACCUGCUGAGGGAAAUGGGAGGUGUCUCAUUUGUGUAUAAACUGUCCAAAUCCAGCAUCAUUCGCUCAGAUGUUAAGGAGACGGCCCUAUUUACACUGGGCACCUUAGCAGAGGCCAAUGUGUAUUGCAAGAAUUAUCUCUGCAAAAAGGAGACAUUUGCAGACCUUGCUGGUUUGUUGCUGAAGGAAGACAUCCCACUGACACAGAAGAGCGUGUCGGUGUGUUUGCUGACCGUGUUGGUAGCCAACAAUAAAUAGGGACAGACUUUAGGUCAAGCAACUGGCUGCCUGAAUAUUCUAUUGGACCUCUUCAGGACCACUUCCCCUCUCUCUACAGAGGCUACAGUGAGAGCUGCUAAUGCUACUCAGACUUACCAGCUUUGGGCAUCUGUGUGUAGUGCGCUCUGUGGAUUUGUCAACAACCCUCAAAAUGACAAGGCUCAGCGUGUUUGUGUGGCGGCCUUUGCCACAAUAAAAGUCUGGCUUCAGCAGAUUGCUCUGCCACGUACUGAGAUUUUUCAACCCAUAUGUUCUUUCAUAGCGAUGACGGUUGCCAACAACUCAUGUCCAAGAGCGAGUUUUUAUGGCUCCGGGUGUCUGGAUACUCUCGCUCUUGGACUGGUUCGUCUAGCUUCAGCAGCAGACACAAGCUCGACGUCUUUCCAGCUUGCUGUCACUAUAUCCAAGACCCUUUCUGCUUCCAUCACAGAAAAUACGUCUCUGGCCUCGGGUCUUUCUCGGUAUGGUGUGGUUCCCCACCUCUUCUCCCUGCUGGAUAUCCCACACUUGGAGCCUAAGGACAGGCUGUCUGUUUUGCUCACUCUGGGCCGCUGCACUGAGGCAUCUGAGGAGCACCAGUCCCAGUUGCUGCAUUGUGGAGGCCUGCUCGUUAUCAUAACCCUUCUCACAGAAGAUACAAGUGAGGAGGUUAGGAAGGCUGCUACCUUCAUUUUGCAGACCUGCAAACAGGCCAGUAAGUCAACAUGGGUUCAGCCAGCUCUUGGAGCAGUGGGGACCUCGGUGGGGAAGAUCCGAGUUGAAGAAAACUCACUGUCUCGUGUCCGGUUUGCAGUUUGCGUGCUGCCUUUUGAGGAAGUGACCAGUCACACUUUUGCAUCGUUGCAAAGCUCCUGCCAGCACAGCUGUGACAUACACCAGGUACUCCGAGAGGCCACAGAGCGGUUCAGGACCCGUCACUGCAAGCUGCUUAGGAGAGAGUACCAUGACGACGAUGAGCCGGCAAACCAAGAAUACGAGAGAGUUUCAGCUGCACAGCCACGGAGGAGCUGGGAAAACGGGAGCGAGGUGCGCCCGACUCUUGUACGUAAGGGAGCAGGAAAAGGCCGGAGCUCCCCUCCCUGGAAGAAGCACAACGACAGCCGUUUGACUCCACUGCAUAAAGGAGCUACAAAGGAGACAUGGACCACUUACAGGACAGGUCCCAUCUUCCGGAAGGUGCGUUACCUGCAGAGAGGUGUGAAGCGUUUCGGUUUCUCCUGGAACUCCAUUUUGUGGCCGUACCCCUUCCAACGCACCAACGUUGACCUGGCCAAAAAAUACAGCAGGCUAAUGGUAACAGACAUUAGAUAUUUUCCAUCAUAAAUGACACAUUGCAUUCAAAUGCCUUGUUUCUUUGCCUUCAGAGAGGUAACGUCUAGGAGUCUGGCUGUUCGGAGGUUGUGGGAAACCCAACGAAUGGCUCUCUUCACACUGUAUUUAUUGCAAAUUGAUGCCAAAGAGCG